GCGCCUGCGCAAUGGCCGCCGAUCACGCUCUCCUCACUGGGGAGCUUGCCUUGCUUUUGGUUCCGGAACAGGAGACCUGAGUGUAGAGCGGUUUUUGCCUUUGUUUCCCCUCUCACAGCUUCCCCGCCAAUGGGGCCUAAAAAGCUACUGCUGAUACUGCGGAGCUAGAUAGUAUCGGCUCUAUGAUGUGCCUUCUUCCACUAGAAGAUUUCCAAAGGAGCGUGGUAACUGUCUGGCGGGAAAGUAUUGCUUGUGCCUUGGAGGUCUGCCAUCAAGAGUUGCUUAUGAAAGUGCUCUUCUUUUAAGGCAAUUAAAAAACUGUGGAAUGGAAAAAAAAUGCUGUAGGCGUCCUGGUCUGUGGUCCUCAACAAUGUAUACAUUCCUACUGGGUGCUGUAUUCAUUGCUUUAAGCUCAAGUCGAAUCUUACUAGUAAAAUAUUCUGCCAAUGAAGAGAACAAAUAUGAUUAUCUUCCGACUACUGUGAAUAUAUGCUCAGAACUGGUGAAGCUCAUUUUGUGUGUGCUUGUGUCAUUCUGUGUUAUAAAGAAAGAAGAUCAUCAAAGUAGAAAUUUGAGAUGUGCUUCCUGGAAGGAAUUGUCUAAUUUCAUGAAGUGGUCCAUUCCUGCCUUCCUUUAUUUCCUGGAUAACUUGAUUGUCUUCUAUGUCCUAUCCUACCUUCAGCCUGCCAUGGCUGUUAUCUUCUCAAAUUUUAGCAUUAUAACAACAGCUCUUCUAUUCAGGAUAGUACUGAAGCAGCAUCUAAACUGGAUACAGUGGUCUUCCCUUCUGAUUCUAUUUUUUUCUAUUGUGGCCCUAACUGCUGGGACUAAAACUUCACAGCAUAACCUGGCAGGACAUGGUUUUCAUCAUGAUGCUUUCUUCAGCCCAUCCAAUUCCUGCCUUCAUUUCAGAAGUGAAUGUCCUGGAAAAAAUUGCACAGCAAAGGAGUGGACUUUUCCUGAAGAUAAAUGGAAUAAUACCACAGCCAGAGUUUUUACUCACAUCCGUCUUGGCUUGGGCCAUAUACUGAUUAUAGUACAGUGUUUUAUUUCUUCAAUGGCCAAUAUCUAUAAUGAAAAGAUACUGAAGGAAAGGAAUCAUCUCACUGAAAGCAUCUUCAUACAGAACAGCAAACUCUAUUUCUUUGGCAUUCUUUUUAAUGGGCUGACACUGGGCCUUCAGAACAGUAACCGUAAUCAGAUUAAGAACUGUGGAUUUUUUUAUGGUCACAAUGUGUUUUCAGUAGCCCUUAUUUUUGUAACUGCAUUUCAGGGCCUUUCAGUGGCUUUCAUUCUGAAGUUCCUGGAUAAUAUGUUCCAUGUCUUAAUGGCCCAGGUUACCACUGUCAUCAUCACUGCAGUGUCUGUCCUGGUCUUUGACUUCAGGCCCUCCUUGGAGUUUUUCUUGGAAGCCCCUUCAGUCCUCCUUGCCAUAUUUAUUUAUAAUGCCAGCAAACCUCAGAGUCUGGAAUGUGCACAUAGGCAAGAACGGAUCCGAGAUCUAAGUGGAAAUCUUUGGGAGCGUUCGAGUGGGGAUGGAGAGGAACUGGAAAGACUUACCAAACCCAAGAGUGAUGAGUCAGAUGAAGACACUUUUUAAACUGGUGCCAAAAUAGUUGGCAGCUCUCAUAAACCAACAUUUGUAAUAUUUAUCUUUUCACUUUGAUAAACCAAGGAUGUUUUAAAGCAUAAUACUGUAAAACAUUUCUAAUAUUUAUCCUUUCACAUUGGUAAACCAAGGAUGUUUCUUCUAAAGCAUAAUACUCUACAUAUAUCUGACCACUCCCUAAAUGGUUCCAUUCAAGGUUUAGAGUACACAAAGGGUGACAAAUUUCUAAGGAAUUGACACAGAGAUAACAUAGAGAUUAUUAAUAGCUCAGUACUUGAGAAGUCAACAAGAUAAUUUGCAGAUUAUUGUCCUUGUCCUCAUUGGUUCCAAAAGACUUGCAGUAAUCAUGUUAGUUAGGCCUUAUAAUUAUAUAAAUAGAGAUUCAUUUGCAAGCUAUUCAUAAUUAUGUGGUUCUAGGCUUCAUGCCACAAUCUUCCCUUUUUAUCAUUAUGAAUAUUAUCUAGAUUGUUCAUCAAAUGUUAAGGUCCUAGAGAUUGUCAUUUUGCAAUUACAGGACAAUAAAACUCCAAAAAUUUUGACUGAAGGACCAAAAUGUCUGCGUAUGCCAUAGAUUUAGGGUAAUAUAGUCUAUGUUAAAUGUUUUGUGGAGGAAGGAAUUUUUCAGAAACAAAAUUUCAAAAUUCAUGGGAAAUUUUAUGUUUAGUUGUUAUCUUUUGAUGUCUUAUAUACAAAUAAACUUCAUGUAGAUGAAAAUGACCAUAGUUACCACUUGUAUUUUAAAUCACUUUAGCUGGUAUGGGUUUUUUUCCUCUUUAGUUUGUGUAUCACAAAAUACUGGAUUAUUAUAUUUUGGAAAAAUAAUAACAAGGCACUUUAUUUGAUUAGUUAUUAGUUAAAGCUGGUGACAGUAAUAUAUCUGAAUUAUAUACUGUUCCCAAAGUCAGAGCACUGGUGUCACAGUCAUACGAGAUUGUUAGUGAAACUAAUGCUUAAGAGUUACUUUUAAAAGGAUCCUUUUGCAAAUAAAUGCUGACUUUUAUAUGAAUAGUAUUACUGUAAUAGUACAAAGGCCAGUAGUCAAUAAGUCACUUUACAUUAAUAGUUAACACUUAUAAGUCCAUGUAUUUUUUAAGGUAUUUUUGAAUGCAACCAAUGACUGUUAAGUAGCACAGUCAGGUGACAGAUCAUUUAAAAUGAGAAAACACAGGCAGCCAGAUAGUGAUAGAAGAGCAGGCUUUAGCUGACAAGCCUAUAUGUUUACAAAGUCCUAUGCUGUGUCAAUUACAAGGUUUCAUGCAGCCUACAUAUAUGUUAUCUUUUUUCCUGUAAUUCUCAUGCAGGUAAUAAUGUUAUGUAAUCCACCUGUGAUAUAUAAAAUAGAAUAUAUAAUGUUAUAUAAUUCACCUGUGGUAUAUAGAAUACUGUGACUCAAGUAUUGGUAGAAAUUUGUAAUUAAAAUAAUUAUUAAACGUAUCUGUCAUGUGAGGUGAGAUGUGGAGUACUUUUAAUUUCAAAAAGUGGAAUGAGGCAAAAAAAAAAACUUAAAAUUUU